GGACUCGUCCCAUGGAGAAGCUGCCUGAGCAAAUGUCCCCAGAGUCCAUGUGUCCAUCCCUGGAGCAGGAGAAUCCGAAGAGCAAGGGGUUUUGUGCAGUGUGGCCUCAGCUGGACUUUAGAGUCUCACCUCAGUGUUCUCUAAAACAAAUCUGGCAAGAUUGGUGGGUCUGCACAAGAUGAGAAAACUGACUCCCAGAAAAGAGAAGUAACUUACCCAAAGUCACCCUGCUGGUAAUGGCAGAGCUGGAAUUUGAAUUCAGAUCCAGCUGACCGCUGAUUUCUUCAACUCCCAUCCAUCUGUGAGCAAGUUACCAAGAGCCUCUGAGUUUCUGGCUUUUUUCCUUCCUGAAUCCCCACCAUUGGUGUAUGUUGAGCAUGGGACGGCCAGCAAUGCUGACUUUAGACAACAAGGACAUGAAAGGAUUCUCCUGGGCCAUAGCUCCUGCCUUGACCUCCCUGGGCUACCUGUUCAUACUGCUGGUCUCCAUCUUUCCCUUCUGGGUGCGGCUGAUGAACGAGGAGUCCCAUGAAGUGUUUUUCAGUGGCCUGUUUGAGAACUGCUUCCAUAUCAAAUGCUGGAAGCCUCGACCCUUAUCCACUUACAUCCUCCUCGGCCGGGUUUUCCUGCUCUCUGCAGUCGUCUUGGCCUUCCUCACCACCUUCAUCAUGGUGUCUUUUGCAUCUGAGCUCUUCCUGAGGACCCGGAAGUAUAAUAUUGUGUCAGCCUUCAUCAGCUUCCUUACAGGUGUCUGUGCCUUCUUGGCCUUGUUGCUCCAUGCCCUGGAGAUUUGGAAUUUGAGGAUGAAGCCCAACCCUCCACAGUUCUCCGUGCAGUGGCCUUACUACAUCCUGGGCUUGAGCAUCCUUCUGUUCAUAGUGGCUGGUGCCAUUGCACUCUCUCAAGAAACAACCUGCCUUAGCUGCUGGCUGUGGCGCACUUCCCAGAACGUUGAGGAGGUCCAGGGGAUCCAGCACCUGGAGAAGCUGGAGAGUUUGGGAGGAGAACUGAGCUCAAUACAAAAGGAGACACUGCUGAAGGAGGAAACAGUCAUCUAGACCAGGAUAUUGUCUUUACCCCCUUCUGCAAGCUAUGUGAGUGCAUGAUGUGGGUGUGUGUAGCUCCCCCUUUUCCACCAGUCUCUGCUGCCUUUGAGGAGCUCCGAGUGUCAGAUGAACCCUCCAUUUUCCCAUGCUCAUAAUGAUUCCAUCUUGUUUGUAUCUGAAAUUCGUUAAAAAUUCUUUGAACUCU